AUGCGUUGCACAACUAUCAUCUUUGCCACUUUGGGCACCGUUGUCAUGGGAGAAAAUAUCUUCCAGUCUCUUUUCUCGGUCGCAACCUCAGACAUCGCAUCGGUCUACGGCGAUGUCACGUCCAAAAUCAACCCCACGACAGACACACAAGCAUCGAUAGCCACCGAGCUCAGUUCUCUCGGCUCUCAAUACUCGUCGUUGGCAUCAGUCACCGCCACUGCCACUGGCUCUGCGCUGCAGUCUUUGUCUUCCGAAAUUUCUUCUCUUGCGUCCUGGGCUUCAGACCUGCGGUCUUCUGCCUCGGUGCUCGCGGCUACCACUGCUACACAUGUCAGCACCACUACUUCAGAAGGCGGCUGCGUCCAGACCGCCAUUCCAGCUGCUGUUGGCGUUGCAGGUGUCUUUGCAGCCAUUGCUGCUGCGCUGUGA